AUGCGAGGGGCACAGAGAGGUAAAGAGGAUGUCUUGACAUUGCCAAUAGAUGGCCCAGAAGAUCCAUUUGAAGAAACUUUGCAGCCAAAUGGAUAUGACGCGCGAGGAUGGAGAAAAAGGCCGUUCAAGCUGUACGAGAGAGUGACGACGCGUAUCGGAUAG